AGAAGUUCUUCACAAAGUUACGAUUAGUCCUAACAUUAACAAUAUAGCGACUGAAAACUUAAGUCUUUAAAUUUUUGAAUAUUAAUAUUAAAAUAAAAUGAUUUUCAUAUUUACCGUCAUCUUAAUAUCAUCAUAUGUCUCACUGAUAUCAGCUGAUUAUAGUUACAAAAAUGCUGACAAAUGGGCGAAUGAAAAUCCACAGUGUGGAGGUUUACUGCAAUCGCCUAUUGAUGUUUCCUUCGAUUUUGGUCCUGAAAUUGAUACAAUAAAAUUUGAAAACGGAGCAGACUCUGUAGCUGAGAGAAUGAUUUUGGAGAACGAUGGCCACACAUUAAAACUAUCAUUCCAAUGGCCUAACGACCCGGAAACGGUACCCUACGUUCGUGGCGGGUCUCUUGAUGGCGAAUAUAUUAAACAUUCCUACCAAUUCCGUUGGGGAUCUGACAUUAAGAAUGGAAGCGAACAUCAGCUCGAUGGCAAGAGUUAUGCAAUGGAGAUGCAAGUAGUUAACUAUAACAGAAAAUUUGGUAGUUAUGAAGAAGCUGAAGGCUCCGAAAAUGGACUAGUGUUAUAUUCUUUAUUUUACAAAUUAGGAGAAAAAGAGUUUGGUUUGUUAACAAAAAUAAUUGAGAAAUUGCCCGAAGUUUCUGAACCAGGAACUUCAACAGAUAUCAAACCAUUCGCAUUGUCUGAUUUUUUUGAUCAAAAUGAAUUCCACCGUUAUAUAAUUUACUCUGGAUCUUUGACACAUCCACCAUGUACUGAGUCAAUCCCUUGGAUUAUAUCUGAUAGAAUAAUUGAAGUCACAGAGGAACAAGUAAGAGCAUUCCAAAACUUGAAUCUUCUCAAUAAUGACGACCACAACACUCGGCCUCUGCAACCAAUCAACGGACGAAAAGCUAAAUUCGCUACCAAAUCCUAGUGCUGUUAACCAUGGCAUGGAGAAGCGGCGAUUAUAUUUUUAAUGUUAUAGAAAUGAUUUUGUUCUUGAAUCCCUAAGAAAUAAAUCAUCGAACCUAGUGUCCUUGAUAUACUGCAUCAAAA